AUGCUUCUUAGGGAGAUUCUGACUGAUGAAAACCUCUCUCAAUACUCUGUUAUCAUGCUUGAUGAAGCUCACGAGCGGACAAUUCACACUGAUGUGCUGUUUGGUCUUCUGAAGAAGCUGUUGAAACGCAGGCUUGACCUUCGUUUGAUAGUCACGUCUGCCACAUUGGAUGCAGAGAAGUUCUCUGGGUAUUUCUUCAACUGCAACAUUUUCACAAUCCCUGGAAGAACCUUCCCUGUUGAGAAACUGUACACCAAACAGCCAGAAACCGAUUACUUGGAUGCAGCUCUCAUCACAGUUCUUCAGAUCCACUUGACUGAACCAGAGGGUGACAUUCUUGUGUUUUUGACGGGACAGGAAGAAAUCGAUUCCGCUUGCCAGUCUCUGUACGAGAGAAUGAAGAAGCUUGGUAAAAACGUUCCUGAACUCAUCAUUCUUCCUGUUUACAGUGCCCUUCCUAGUGAAAUGCAGUCUAGAAUCUUCGAUCCUGCUCCUCCUGGUACGCGGAAAGUGGUUGUGGCUACAAAUAUUGCAGAAGCUUCUUUGACGAUAGAUGGGAUUUAUUAUGUUGUUGAUCCCGGGUUUGCGAAGCAGAACGUGUAUAACCCAAAGCAAGGGCUAGAGUCGCUAGUCAUAACUCCAAUCUCACAGGCGUCGGCGGAGCAGAGAGCUGGACGUGCUGGUCGUACUGGUCCUGGUAAAUGUUACCGUCUCUACACUGAGAGCGCAUUCCGUAACGAGAUGCCUCCUACAUCAAUCCCUGAAAUCCAGAGGAUUAAUCUCGGAAUGACAACGCUGACCAUGAAAGCAAUGGGGAUCAAUGACCUGUUAUCGUUUGACUUCAUGGAUCCACCGCAGCCGCAAGCUUUGAUCUCUGCUAUGGAACAGCUGUACAGCCUGGGAGCGUUGGAUGAGGAAGGAUUGCUGACAAAGCUAGAUAUUGACGAUGAUUGCGAUGAUCCAAACGGCAACAUAUUCUACAGACCGAGAGAGAAGCAAGCUCAAGCAGACCAAAAGAGGGCCAAGUUUUUCCAGCCUGAAGGUGACCACUUGACAUUGCUAGCUGUAUAUGAAGCUUGGAAGGCUAAGAACUUCUCAGGUCCAUGGUGUUUCGAGAACUUCGUACAGUCACGAUCUCUACGGCGUGCUCAAGACGUGAGGAAACAACUUGUCAGCAUUAUGGACAAGUAUAAGCUAGAUGUGGUGAGUGCUGGGAAGAAUUUCACCAAGAUAAGGAAAGCAAUCACAGCAGGAUUCUUCUUCCACAGGAGCAAGGAAAGAUCCACAGGAAGGCAGCCCGACUGGGUGAUCUAUCACGAUCUUGUGAUGACGACCAAAGAGUAUAUGAGGGAAGUGACUGUGAUUGACCCAAAGUGGCUUGUUGAGCUAGCUCCAAGGUUCUUCAAAGUCUCUGAUCCAACCAAGAUGAGUAAGCGUAAGCGCCAAGAACGCAUUGAGCCUCUGUAUGAUCGUUAUAACGAGCCUAACUCAUGGCGUCUCAGCAAAAGACGUGCUUGA